CACCAAUUACGGCAGUAUUUGACAGGCGACUCGAGCGCGGAAUUUGUAAACAGAACCGAAGGUCCUCACAUUAUUUAAUUAGCAUUUCUGUCUAGUCUUCGAUGAAAUUGCUUUCAUCAUAUUUUUUUUAUCCUAUCAUAACCAUUGAUAGUGAAUUUAGUCAACCAUUGAAUAACUUUUUUUUUACUCUUUUUGAAAGUUUUGGAAAGUGGAUACAAUGGCUACCGUUAGCUACGCUAGCUAACAUGCUAGCGAGCUGCCUGGAGCCCCGGCUUCUUCAUGUGAAAGAGGCCAGGUAUGCUAGUGCACCUUUUCGGAAGAUCUUUGCUUCGACCGGGAUUACGGCGACUCGCGGUCCUACGGAGGUGCUUGUGUGCGGCGCAGAGUGACCCGUGUCCGGGGACGCCGCAGCGGGGAGACAUGAUCCGGAACCGGGCUCAGAUCAAACGGGUCCUCUGCGUGGCCGAGAAGAACGAUGCGGCCAAAUGCAUCUCAGAGAUCAUGUCCGGCGGGACGUCCCGCAGGAGAGAGGGGAUGUCAAAGUUUAAUAAAAUCUAUGAGUUUGAAUAUCAUCUCUUUGGUCAGAAUGUGACCGUAACAAUGACUUCAGUAUCUGGACAUCUACUGGGUCAGGAGUUUAAAGCACAGUUCCAGAAAUGGCACAGUUGCAAUCCUGUGCUAUUAUUUGAUGCUGAAGUGGAGAAGCACUGUCCAGAUAACAUGAAACAAAUCAAGCGGACACUGGAGAAAGAGGUGCGUCAGUGCCAGGCCUUGGUCAUCUGGACCGAUUGUGACAGAGAGGGAGAAAACAUUGGCUUUGAAAUCAUAGAUGUCUGCAAAGCAGUGAAGCCCAAUGUACAAGUGUUUCGGGCAAAGUUUUCUGAGAUCACUCCCAACUCCAUCCGUAGAGCUUGUGAGACCCUGACGGAGCCAAACGCUAACGUCAGCGACGCAGUCGACGUCCGUCAGGAGCUGGACCUGCGAAUAGGUGCGUCCUUCACUCGGUUCCAGACGCUUCGCCUGCAGAAGAUCUUCCCGGCGUCUCUGGCGAAUCAGCUGAUCUCUUACGGCAGCUGUCAGUUUCCCACUCUGGGCUUUGUGGUGGAGCGUUUUAAAGCCAUCCAGGCUUUCAUACCUGAGACUUUCUACAAGAUCAAAGUGCUGCACGAGGUGGAGGAGGACACUGUGGAGUUCAGUUGGAAAAGAAACCGUCUCUUCAACCACACAGCUUGCCUGGUGCUCUACCAGAUGUGCAUGGAGGAUCCCAUAGCAACAGUCACCUCAGUAACCAGCAAACCCAAGAGCAAGUGGAGACCGCUGCCUUUGGACACUGUGGAAUUAGAGAAACUUGCAUCUCGGAAACUAAAAAUAAGCGCCAAAGAGACCAUGAAAAUUGCAGAGAAACUCUAUACCCAGGGGUACAUCAGCUACCCACGCACGGAGACCAACAUUUUCCCCACAACGUUGGCUCUCGGUCCGCUGGUGGAGCAGCAGACACAAAGCCCGGUCUGGGGGACGUUCGCCCAGAGGGUGAUUGACCAGCCCGGGGGUCCCAACCCACGACAGGGCAAGAAAUCUGACCAGGCCCACCCCCCCAUCCACCCCACCAAGCACUCCAGUACCCUGCAGGGAAAUGAAGGACGUCUGUACGAGUUCAUUGUUCGGCACUUCCUGGCCUGCGUGUCCCAGGAUGCUUUAGGGCAGGAGACUGUGGUGGACAUUGACAUCGCUCAGGAGAACUUCUCCACCUCGGGACUCAUGAUCAUUGCGAGGAACUACUUGGACGUUUACCCGUAUGACAGGUGGAGCGCUAAGGUGAUUCCAGUGUACGAGCAGGGCUCUCAGUUCCAGCCCUCUGCUAUCGAGAUGGCGGACGGACAGACGAGUCCACCGCAGCUGCUCACUGAGGCCGACCUCAUAUCCCUGAUGGAGAAGCACGGCAUCGGCACGGAUGCGACCCAUGCAGAGCACAUCGAGACCAUCAAGAGUCGCAUGUAUGUGGGCUUAACAGCUGAUCAGAGGUUUCUGCCUGGAGAGCUCGGCAUGGGACUGGUGGAGGGCUAUAACUCCAUGGGAUAUGAGAUGUCCAAACCAAACCUGCGAGCUGAACUGGAGGCUGACCUCAAGUUGGUGUCAGAGGGCAGGAAGGACAAACAGAGCGUGCUGCAGAACCACAUCCAAAAAUACAAGACCGUCUUCAUCGAGUCCGUCAGGAAGGCCAAAAAGUUAGAUGAAGCCCUGUCACAAUAUCUGGGGGCCGCUCAGGAAAUCGCUGAAGCCGAGCAGCAGGACAUGGAGAUGCCGCUGCCCGUCAGGAAAUGCCCCAACUGCAGGCAGGACAUGGUGCUGAAGAAGAAGAGGGAGGGAAACGGUAAGUACCUGUCCUGCUCGGGUUACCCAGCUUGUAAGACGGCGGUGUGGUUCCCCGACACGGUGCUGGAGGUGAGCAGGGACGACAGCAUCUGUCCCACCUGUCAACCGCACCCUGUUCACAUGUUAAAGUUGAAGUUCCGCAGGGGCAGCCUUCCUCCCAUGAUGCCUCUAGAAUUCGUUGGCUGCAUCGGCGGCUGUGACGAGACGCUCAGAGAGGUGCUGGACCUGAAGUACCUUCGGCCAGGGGGAGGUGGUGGGGGAGGGGGAGGAAGAGGAGGAGGAGGGGGAGGAGGAAGAGGAGACAAUCCCCGUCCACCAGCUCCAAGGCCCCCAAGACCCCCAAGUUCAAAUCCUCGACCUUCCCUCCCCCCGGUCCCCUCCUGGACCCCGCAGCCACGACCUCCAGGUGGUGGGGGCGGUGCAGGUGUGGGCACCAGCAGCGAUGCCAUAGUGUGUAACUGUGGGCAGGAUGCACUCCUCCUGACCGUGCGCAAAGACGGCCCCAACCAAGGUCGGCAGUUCUACAAAUGCAACGGCGGGAGCUGCAACUUCUUCCUGUGGGCGGAUCAGCCGACUCAGCAGGGGGAUCCGCAGGGCCGAGCACCCCCGAGGUUCGCCGUGGUGUCCAGCAACACCCCCGGUGGAGGCAGAGGGCGGGACGGGGGUGCGGGAGGACAGGCGGGACAGACAAUGUGUAACUGCAAUGAGGCAACGGUGACACUCACGGUGCAGAAGGACGGCCCAAACAAGGGCCGGACGUUCCACACUUGCGGGAAACCGAGAGACCAGCAGUGUGGCUUCUUCCUGUGGGCCGAUGAGAACGAACCUCCAGCAGUGUUUGGUGGUGGAGCUGCGGCGAAGAAAGGAAGGAAGAUCGCCGGAGAGGCCGCCCCCAACAAACCUCCAGCUGCCAAGAAACCUCGUUCCUGCGGCAUCUGCCACAUGCCGGGACACACCCGAGUCACCUGCCCGCAGCGGUGACCGCUGCUUGAAGACUGUGUGCAGCUGGUGAAGUCAGUGACUUCUAGGUGUGGAGUCGGGUCUUAUUUUAUAGAAUGUAUGGCAACUCAGAUUGUAAGUACCUCUUCUUCUGGUAGGUAUGGACAAAAACAAGACCCCGUAUGCUCUCUGUAAAAUUUCAUUUUGAUAACCGUUCCAAAAGAUUAAAGACUAAAAUCUGGCAAUGACUCAAGCGCAAAGAAAAUCCUACUGUUUACAACUCAUUUUCUGCCAGCUCUGAGGUGUGCUUGUCUCUGUGGGGGGUUUGGGAGUCCAGUUAACUUCUAGUGUCAACAACAUUUUAGGAAAUCACUUGAGAACAUUGAUACCCCUUUGACCGCACAAUGAAUAAGACAUUUCCGCCAACACAAGAUCCACAGGAUGAAGGUUUUAACUAUUAGUGCAGUAUUUCACUAAAUAGUGUAGUAUUUAUGAAUGCCACAGACAUUUAUGAAUACAGAACCACUGCUGACUCUAAUGAAUAAAGGUGUCAUUUUAAGAAAA